CCCGACCCGCUGAAUGACUCCAGCACUGUGUGACCUUCUUCCCAUGAUGCAUUCUGCCCCCCACGUGACUCUGCGCAAUGGCAGGGGCGGGGCCGACACCUGUCAGGGUUUAGGAGCCGUUGCUGUGGACCGAGGCGUGAGCGGCAAUAGAGUGCGGCCAGGGUGCUGGUGAGUGCCCCCUCCCCCUUCUGCUCGGUGUGCGGGCUGAGUUUCGAGGGGCUGAGCUUUGGUGGAGGACCACAUGGCGGGGCACAACAAGGAGAAGCGUUAUGAGUGUGAUGUGUGUGGCAAGGCCUGGCGGUACCCGAGCGAGCUGGAGGCGCACCGACGGGUUCACACGGGAGAACGCCCCUUUGACUGCACAGAGUGCGGCAAGAGCUUCAAGACGACGAGUGACCUGAAGGUCCACCAGCGAGUGCACACGGGCGAGAGGCCCUAUGGCUGCUCCACCUGUGGCAGGAGCUUUACCCAGUUGUCGGGGCUGCGGGAGCACCAGUUGGGGCACAGCAGUGAGUGGCCUUUCACCUGCUCCGACUGCGGCAAAGGCUUCAAGUCUUCGCCGGUACUGAAGGCGCAUAGGCGCCUGCACACCGGGGAGCGCCCUUACACCUGCACCCUGUGCGGCAAGGGCUUCACCCACUCCAAAAACCUGCUGGUCCACCAGCGCCGCCACACCGGUGAGCGCCCCUACACCUGCACCCAGUGCGGCAACGGCUACUCCCGCUCCAGCAGCCUGCUGGUGCACCAGCGCACUCACACCGGCGAGCGCCCCUACAUCUGCACCCAGUGUGGCAAGGGAUUUACCCGCUCCACACAUCUGCUGUCCCACCAGCGGGUGCACUCCGGUGAGCGGCCCUUUGGCUGCUCUGAUUGCGGCAAGGAUUUCAAGGAUGCGCAACAGCUGAAGAACCACCAGCGAGUGCACACGGGCGAGAAGCCCCAUGGCUGCUCCACCUGCGGCAAGAGCUUUGCCCGGUCGUCGGGGCUAUGCCAGCACCGGCGGGUGCACAGCGGUGAGCGGCCCUUCACCUGUUCUGACUGCGGCAAAGGUUUCAAGUCGUCUGCUCACCUGAAGGUGCACAGGAGCCUGCACACCGGAGAGCGGCCCUACACCUGCAGCGACUGUGGCAUGGGCUUUACCCAGUCCACCAGGCUGCUAGAGCACCAGCGCACCCACAUCGGCGAGUGCCCCUAAACCUGCGCCCAGUGCGGCAAGCGCUUCACCCGC